AUGGUUGCCACCCUUUCCAAAAGAUUCAAAGAUUUGGAAUAUAUUGAAAUUCUGCGGUUGUUUAAAAACACAAAAAACUCUACUACAACCAUCCAGUUUAACUCUUUAAAUAUUCCAGUCAUCACUGAAAGAUCAUUUCUUGAUGAGGUUGUGGAAGAGGGAGAAAUCCAUAUUAUUGCAACAUUGGAAUUCUCAUUUCUAUCAAAGAAGUUAUUUCGUACUACAAAAGAUGGUGAAUGGAAACAAAAUGAAAUCAAAAUUCUAAAGACUCAAACUGGAAAUGUAAUUGGAUUUAAAAAGAUGAUGACACUUCAUAAUGAACAGAGCCAAAAGAGAAUGUUUGAGUAUAGUCUCUCGUCAGAGAAUGACCAAAAUGUUGAAGACAGUUCCAUCAUACUCCGACACUUUCUCUCUGACAAGGGUCAUUCCAGACGUAAACAUCAUGAUGAUAUAAAUGAUGGUUUUAUAAUUAAACAAACAUCAUCAUCUUCUAGAAACAAGUCACCUACUCAAGUGGCUGUAGUAUCAUUACAACAACAACCUCAACAACAACAACAACCAAGAAAUCCCAAAUCAUCGUCAUCAUCCCCAAUAUCAGUAUCAAUUACACCUCCAUAUCCACCCACUCCAUUACUACAACCACAAUUUCAACCAUACCCACAAUUUAAUGAAAUUUCUUCUUCAUCAGCGGCAGAAUACAACCAACAAAUCCAAAAUUACCAAUAUCAACUACAACAACAACAAUUGAUGUUUCAUAAUCAACAUCAUAAUCAAAUGAAUAACAACUCAAACGCUAGACCAAUUUAUCAACCAACCCAACAACAACAACAACAACAACACCAACAACAACAACAACCAUCAUCAUCAUCAUCAUCUUUUUUCCAACAAGCACCAGACACUAUAAUUAUGUCAGAUGCUUCAUCUACCCAUGGUAGUCCGAAUUUAUUUGCAAGUGAAAAGGUAUCAUCACCAUCAUCAUCUACCUACCACCAAUUCUCACCAGAAACAACAAGUAACAUCCAUCCAGAUGUAGCUUCGAAAAGUCAACAGCAGUCUAGUCUUUUAAAUUAUAGACGAUCUCAAUCUCCCUAUCAACGUCCCCCAUCUCCCUACCAACGUCCUUCUACUCCACAAAAACAAGGUCCAUCGAGUCCUUUACAUAUUCAUACCAAUAAUAAUACAGAAGUAGUCCACCCAAUUCCAUUCGAUUUCGAAGGGUUAAGACAAAACUUUGAAUCAUUUGGCUCAAGAAUUACAAACAAUUAA